AUGCAUUCUCCUUCCAGAAUUGAGAGACGGAUUACAGUUGAUGUAUCGAAUGGCUAUCAUGAGAUGUGGAUAAAAACGCAUUUUUGGGGAAAUGUCUUUACACAACUGACCCUGCCCUUAAAUAAAGGGAUAGCAAUUGAGAUGGUAUCUUUCCGAAUUGCCCAAAGAUUGUGGCAUUCAGAGAACAAGCUUUUCCACUCAUUCGAUGUUAUCAGCAUUGUCAUUACCCUGUUGCCACAUCAGAACUCUCUUAUCUUACAUGCAUUUAUGGACCUAUUUUGUGACCAUGGGACCAUGGAUAAAAUCAAGACAAUAAUUAUCGCAAUAUUAAAAAUUAUUCUAUUCAUAUGAAUGUAAUAUAAAUUUGCAUAAUCACCUGCUAAAUAUUUUUUACAUAAUCUUUUAGGUAUUUGAGACUAAACCAAGCAAGAAUAUACUUACAUGUGUGGUGAUUUUCCUUGUGGUAUAUGAUAAUCCCCAACUAAUCCUAGAGUGCUUUUAUUUGAUUUGCUUUAUUAGAAUCAUUCUGUUAUCUAUUGGGCUUUAGGG